AAUGCUUCUCAUGGAAUUACGAAGGCUAGCCAGAGACCCUUCCAAAGGGCUGUGCGCCCCGUUCCUGUAAAAAUCGUCACAAUCAGCAAGAACAACAGCGCAGGGGCAGAACUCUUGGCAGGCGAAUGGAUGCAAAAGCUGCAAAGAUAUACAGAGGCAUCGGAAAUGGUCAUCCGGCCAAAUCCAAAGAAGUCGUCAGAACCUACAGUGGCCAUGCAGGCGGAAGGGGAGAAGGUCCUGAAAGCAAUCAGACCACAGGACAGAGUGAUUGUGUUGGAUGAGAGGGGGAAGGAAGCGACCUCAGAGCAGUUUGCAAGCAUACUUGCAGAGGCCGGAGAUGAGGGAGUGGGGGCAGUAGUGUUCUGCAUAGGCGGACCAUAUGGCCACAGCGAUGCAGUGCGCAAACGAGCAUACUCCAUGCUGAGUCUCUCAAAGUGUGUGCUGAAUCAUCAGAUCGCUCGGCUGGUAUUGCUGGAGCAGCUGUACAGGGGUUGGACUAUCAUUAAGGGCGAGCCUUAUCACCACUGA